AUGAUAGCAUAAUAACCUAGAGUGAGUCGGUGCCUGGAAACUCGUAGGCUCAUAACCGCCUCUCACCACCACACUAUAUCUAUACAUACAUACAUCCACUCAAAAUAUCUAUCUAUUUUAUCUCUUAAAAUCUCGGUCGUAAUCACGCGGCAGAACAUCCGACAUUCAAUUUCCGGGUGGUUCGUAGAUGGCAAAUUUAGGUGGUGGUGCUGAGGCACAUGCUAGAUUUAAACAGUAUGAAUACAGAGCUAACUCCAGUCUUGUGUUGACGACAGACUCUCGGCCACGUGAUACUCAUGAGCCGACUGGAGAGCCUGAGUCUUUGUAUGGGAGGAUUGACCCUAAAAAUUUUGGUGACCGUGCUUAUAGAGGGAGACCACCAGAGCUGGAUGAGAAGCUAACAAAGUCGAAAAAGAAGAAAGAGCGUGAUCCGGCCGCUGGUAAUCCUGAAGCUGGGAGCAGUAGGCAGAGUAAGAGAAGAAGGCUGCAAGAAGAGAGUGUUUUGACUUCCACUGAAGAAGGGGUUUAUCAGCCUAAAACAAAGGAAACUCGAGCCGCAUAUGAGGCGAUGCUGAGUGUCAUUCAGCAGCAGUUAGGUGGGCAGCCGUUGAAUAUUGUUAGUGGUGCUGCAGAUGAGAUUUUGGCUGUGCUUAAGAAUGAUACGUUGAAGAAUCCUGAGAAGAAGAAGGAUAUAGAGAAGCUGUUGAAUCCUAUUCCGAACCAGGUUUUUGAUCAGUUGGUUUCUUUAGGGAGACUUAUCACGGAUUUUCAAGACGUGGGUGCUGAUGGAACCGGGGCUAAUGCUGCUAAUGGUGAGGAUGCUCUUGAUGACGAUGUUGGUGUUGCUGUUGAGUUUGAAGAGAAUGAAGAGGACGACGAGGAGAGUGAUCUUGAUAUCGUACAGGAGGAUGAUGAUGAGGAAGAUGAUGAUGUAAUGGAAAGAGACAAUAAUGGUAUGCAGAUGGGUGGGGAUAUGGAUGAUGAUAAUUUGCAAGAAGAUAGUGAGGGCAUGACGCUUAAUGUUCAAGACAUAGAUGCGUAUUGGCUUCAGAGGAAGAUCUCACAGGCUUAUGAUCAGCAGAUCGAUCCACAACAAAGUCAGACUCUUGCUGAAGAGGUACUUAAGAUUCUUGAAGGUGAUGAUGACCGAACAGUUGAAAAUAACCUACUGAUGCAUCUUCAGUUUGAUAAGUUUAGCCUCAUGAAGUACCUUUUAAGGAAUCGACUGAAGAUUGUGUGGUGUACCCGUUUGGCAAGAGCUGAAGACCAAGAACAAAAGAAACAAAUUGAAGAGAAAAUGACGGAACUUGGUCCCAAUUUGGUUGCUGUUUUGGAACAGUUGCAUGCCACUAGGGCAACAGCGAAAGAGAGGCAAAAGAACUUGGAGAAAAGCAUCCGAGAAGAAGCAAGACGUUUAAAGGAUGAGAGUGGUGGUGCUUCCGGAGACAGAGAUAGAAGAGACAUUGUUGACCCGGAUGCUGAAAACGGUUGGUUAAAUGGUCAACGACAGUUGCUCGAUCUUGAGAGUAUUGCAUUUCAACAAGGGGGUCUUUUGAUGGCGAAUAAGAAGUGUGAGCUUCCUUUAGGCUCUUAUAGGAACCACAGUAAAGGGUAUGAAGAAGUUCAUGUACCUGCUUUGAAGGCUAAACCGUUUGCUGAAGAUGAGAAGCUUGUAAAGAUUUCAGCCAUGCCUAGUUGGGCUCAGCCGGCUUUCGUGGGAAUGACUCAAUUGAACAGGGUUCAGAGUAGAGUCUAUGAAACUGCUCUUUUUAAAGCAGACAAUCUGUUACUGUGUGCUCCUACUGGAGCAGGAAAGACCAAUGUUGCUAUGCUCACCAUACUCCAACAGUUAGGUUUGCACAUGAAUGAGGAUGGUACAUUUAACCACAGCGACUACAAGAUAGUCUAUGUGGCUCCAAUGAAAGCCCUUGUUGCCGAAGUUGUGGGUAACCUGUCUAAUCGUUUGAAGCCCUAUGGUGUCACGGUGAUGGAGCUGAGUGGAGAUCAGUCUUUGACCCGGCAACAGAUCGAGGAAACGCAAAUAAUUGUCACCACUCCAGAGAAGUGGGAUAUCAUAACUAGAAAAUCAGGAGAUCGCACUUAUACCCAACUUGUGAAGCUUUUAAUUAUUGAUGAAAUCCAUCUUCUGCAUGAUAACAGAGGGCCUGUUCUUGAAAGUAUCGUGGCAAGAACUGUUAGACAAAUCGAGACGACAAAGGAACAUAUUCGGUUGGUUGGUUUAUCUGCCACGCUUCCAAACUUUGAGGAUGUGGCACUAUUCAUGCGAGUUAACGUGGAUAAAGGUCUCUUCCAUUUUGACAAUAGUUACAGACCCUGCCCUCUUGCUCAGCAGUAUAUUGGAAUUACAGUAAAAAAGCCAUUACAGAGAUUUCAAUUGAUGAAUGAUAUCUGUUAUGAAAAGGUGUUAGGUGCAGCUGGAAAGCAUCAGGUGCUUAUAUUUGUGCAUUCGAGGAAAGAAACAACAAAGACUGCCCGUGCAAUCAGAGACACUGCUCUUGCAAAUGACACUUUGGGGAUUUUCUUAAAAGAAGAUAGUGCAAGCCGUGAGAUUCUUCAUGAGCAUACCGAGCUUGUGAAAAGCAAUGAUCUUAAGGAUCUUUUGCCCUAUGGGCUUGCAAUUCAUAAUGCAGGGAUGACAAGGGCUGACCGUCAACUUGUUGAGGAGUUAUUUGCUGAUGGGCACAUUCAAGUACUGGUAUCGACUGCUACUCUUGCUUGGGGAGUGAAUUUACCUGCCCACACUGUGAUUAUCAAAGGAACCCAGAUUUAUAAUCCAGAAAAAGGAGCAUGGACAGAGCUUAGUCCUCUGGAUGUUAUGCAGAUGUUGGGUCGUGCUGGAAGACCACAGUUUGAUACUUAUGGUGAAGGGAUCAUUAUAACUGGACACAGCGAACUGCAAUACUAUCUCUCAUUGAUGAAUCAACAGCUUCCAAUUGAAAGUCAAUUUGUGUCCAAAUUAGCUGAUCAAUUGAAUGCUGAAAUAGUACUUGGAACUGUUCAAAAUGCAAAAGAAGCUCUCCAUUGGCUUAGUUACACGUACCUUUACGUUCGUAUGGUUCGGAACCCCACACUCUAUGGUUUAUCUUCUGAUGCUUUGAAAACAGAUAAAUUACUCUUAGAAAGGAGAGCUGAUCUGGUCCAUUCCGCCGCAACAAUACUUGACAAAAACAAUCUGGUGAAGUAUGACAGAAAAAGUGGUUAUUUUCAGGUCACUGAUUUGGGUCGAAUUGCAAGUUACUAUUAUAUAACUCAUGGAACAAUUGCCACUUACAAUGAGCAUUUGAAGCCCACUAUGAGUGAUAUCGAGUUAUGUCGGUUGUUCUCACUCAGUGAGGAGUUCAAGUAUGUAACAGUAAGACAAGAUGAGAAGAUGGAACUUGCAAAGCUUUUGGACCGUGUUCCGAUUCCCAUUAAGGAAAAUUUGGAAGAGCCCAGCGCAAAGAUCAAUGUUUUACUCCAAGCAUAUAUUUCUCAGCUAAAGCUUGAAGGACUUUCUUUGACAUCUGACAUGGUGUUUAUAACUCAGAGUGCUGGACGUCUAAUGCGUGCCCUUUUUGAGAUUGUGUUGAAAAGAGGGUGGGCACAGUUGGCUGAAAAAGCUUUGAAUUUAUGCAAAAUGGUGAACAAGAGGAUUUGGAGUGUCCAAACUCCUCUACGCCAAUUUCACGGGAUAAAAAAUGAUAUAUUAAUGAAACUGGAGAAAAAGGAUCUAGCAUGGGAAAGGUAUUAUGAUCUCUCAUCACAAGAGCUAGGGGAGCUUGUUCGUGCCCCAAAAUUAGGGAGGAACCUCCACAAAUGCAUUCACCAGUUUCCAAAACUUAAUCUAGCUGCACAUGUUCAACCAAUCACUCGCACUAUUCUGAGGGUUGAACUCACUAUUACUCCAGAUUUUCAGUGGGAAGAUAGAAUUCAUGGUUAUGUUGAACCGUUUUGGGUGAUCGUAGAAGAUAAUGAUGGGGAAUACAUACUUCAUAACGAGUAUUUUUUGUUGAAAAAGCAGUACAUUGACGAGGACCACACUUUAAGUUUCACUGUCCCCAUUUAUGAACCUUUACCUCCUCAGUACUUUAUUAAGGUUGUGUCAGAUAGAUGGCUUGGUUCCUUGUCUGUUAUGCCUGUUUCAUUCCGUCACUUGAUCUUGCCAGAAAAAUAUCCUCCACCAACUGAGUUGCUGGACCUGCAGCCACUUCCUGUGACUGCUCUGAGAAACCCGUUAUACGAAGCGCUUUAUCAUGAAUUCAAGCACUUUAAUCCUGUCCAAACUCAAGUUUUCACAGUGUUAUAUAACACUGAUGACAACGUGCUGGUUGCUGCACCAACGGGAAGUGGGAAGACGAUAUGUGCAGAAUUUGCAAUUUUGAGGAACCACCAGAAAAGUUCUGAUACUGUCAUGCGAGCUGUGUAUAUUGCUCCUGUUGAAGCACUUGCCAAGGAGAGAUAUAACGAGUGGAAAAAGAAAUUCGGGGAUGGGCUUGGAUUAAAAGUUUGUGAGUUGACGGGAGAAACAGCAACUGAUUUGAAGUUACUUGAGAAAGGGCAGGUGAUAAUUAGUACCCCCGACAGGUGGGACUCAUUAUCUCGUCGCUGGAAGCAGCGGAAGCAUGUUCAACAAGUAAGUCUUUUUAUUGUUGAUGAGUUGCAUCUGAUCGGUGGUCAAGGGGGACCGGUUUUGGAGGCUAUUGUCUCUAGGAUGAGACGCAUUGCUAACCAGGAUGAUACUAGUAUUCGAAUAGUGGCGUUAUCUACUUCUCUUGCAAAUGCUAAAGAUUUAGGGGAAUGGAUUGGCGCUUCAUCACAUGGCCUUUUCAAUUUCCCACCUGGUGUUCGGCCCGUGCCGCUUGAAAUUCAUAUUCAAGGCAUAGACAUAGCUAAUUUUGAAGCCAGAAUGCAAGCAAUGAGCAAACCAACUUACACUGCUAUUGUGCAGCAUGCUAAGAAUAAAAAGCCUGCCAUUGUGUUUGUUCCUACGAGGAAACACGCCCGCCUGACAGCGGUCGAUCUUAUGACAUAUUCAAGUGCCGAGAGUACAUAUCCAGGUGCAGAGGGUGGAGAUAAGCAGCCUUUGUUCUUGCUUCAAUCUGAAAAUGAGCUGGGCCCGUUUAUUGACAGAAUACGGGAACCCAUGUUGAAGGAGACUCUGAGGUACGGGGUGGGGUAUCUCCACGAGGGCUUGACUACCACUGACCAAGAUAUAGUCAAGACACUCUAUGAAACAGGUUGCAUUCAAGUAUGUGUAAUGAGUGGUACAAUGUGUUGGGGCAUCUCUCUUCGUGCACACUUGGUGGUGGUUAUGGGAACACAGUAUUAUGACGGUCGAGAAAAUAUGCACACUGAUUAUCCUGUUACCGAUCUUCUUCAAAUGAUGGGCCAUGCAAGUCGGCCUCUUGUUGAUAAUUCCGGGAAGUGUGUCAUCUUUUGCCAUGCCCCGCGUAAGGAGUACUACAAAAAGUUCUUGUUUGAAGCAUUUCCUGUUGAAAGCCAUUUACAUCAUCACUUGCAUGAUAAUUUGAAUUCUGAGGUGGUGGUUGAACUUAUCACCACUAAACAGGAAGCUGUGGAUUAUCUCACCUGGACAUUUAUGUACAGGAGACUUACCCAGAACCCCAAUUACUACAAUCUUCAAGGUGUUAGCCAAAGGCAUCUAUCAGAUCAUCUCUCUGAGCUUGUGGAGAACACAUUAAGUGAUUUGGAAGCAAGUAAAUGUGUUACAAUUGAGGAAGAUUUUGAUCUUUCGCCUCUCAAUCUUGGUAUGAUUGCUUCGUAUUAUUACAUAAGCUAUACAACAAUUGAACGAUUUAGUUCUUCUAUAACUAGCAAGACAAAGUUGAAGGGUCUUUUGGAGAUUUUAGCUUCAGCUUCAGAGUAUGAGCUGCUUCCGGUACGCCCCGGCGAAGAAGAUCUGAUUAGGAAGUUGAUUAAUCAUCAAAGGUUUUCCUUUGAGAAUCCUAAAUAUGCAGACCCACAUGUGAAGGCCAAUGCACUACUACAAGCCCACUUUUCCCGGUAUUCAAUUGGUGGAAAUCUUGGUUCUGACCAGCAGGAAGUGCUUUUAAAUGCUAGUAGACUGCUUCAAGCCAUGGUUGAUGUUAUUUCAAGCAACGGGUGGCUAAGUUUAGCUCUUUUAGCAAUGGAAGUUAGCCAGAUGGUUGCACAAGGAAUGUGGGAACGGGAUUCAGUUCUUUUACAGCUGCCUCAUUUUAAUAAAGAUUUAGCCAAGCGUUGCCAAGAAAAUCCUGGAAGGAGCAUUGAGACAGUGUUUGAUUUGGUGGAAAUGGAGGAUGAUGAGAGACGCGAGUUGCUACAAAUGUCAGACUCACAGCUGAUGGAUAUUGCAAAGUUUUGCAACCGUUUUCCUAAUAUUGAUUUGUCUUAUGAGGUGGUGGAUAGUGAUAAUGUGAGGGCUGGGGAGGAUAUUACUUUGGUGGUGACUCUUGAAAGGGAUCUUGAGGGUAGGACUGAGGUGGGGCCGGUGGAUGCACCAAGGUACCCAAAAGUUAAAGAAGAGGGGUGGUGGCUUGUUGUUGGCGAUAGCAAAAGUAACCAGCUGCUUGCCAUCAAGAGGAUUUCGUUACAUAGGAAGUCAAAGGUCAAACUUGAUAAUAUAACUGCUCCAAGUGAACCUGGGAAGAAAAGCUUUACUUUAUAUUUUAUGUGUGAUUCUUACAUGGGAUGCGAUCAGGAAUAUAGCUUUACUGUUGAUGUUAAAGCAGCCGCUGAUGAUGACAGUGGACGAGAAUGAUUUUCUUUUGGUUCAGGCACUUGUUGCAUUGGGAGUUAGACGUAAUGCUAUUUUGAAUGAAGCUUUCAGGCACAAGGAUUUCUAUGUACACAUUUGGUAUUGGAGUUCUGAUCACUGGAUGUAGAUGGUGCUAGCUACUGGACUUGAUCCAGGCUUGAAUAAUGUGGUUGUAAUGGCAGUUGAGACUAGCUUUUGUACCUGUCAUAUUCUUCUUGAUCUGAAGCAUCAAACACAGUUUUUGGGUGUAUGAAUGUUAUGGAACAUUAGUUGUGUUUAAAUAUCUUAGUCAUA